GGAGCAGCCGGUGGUGGCGGCGGCGGCGGCGGCGGCGGCUGCGGGUAGCGGCGGCGGCCAGCGGUCGGCCAUGGCGGAGGCAGAGGCCGGCGGCGACGAGGCGCGCUGCGUGCGGCUGAACGCCGAGCGGGCCAAGGCGCUGCUGGCCGACGUGGACACGCUGCUGUUCGACUGCGAUGGCGUGCUGUGGCGCGGCGAGACGGCUGUACCGGGCGCGCCGGAGACUCUGCGGGCGCUGCGGGCCCGCGGGAAGCGGCUGGGCUUCAUCACCAACAACAGCAGCAAGACUCGCACGGCCUACGCGGAGAAGCUGAGGCGCCUGGGUUUCGGCGGCCCGGUGGGGUCCGAAGCGGGCCUCGAGGUGUUCGGCACGGCCUACUGCUGCGCGCUGUAUCUGCGCCAACGCCUGGCCGGCGUGCCGGACCCCAAGGCCUACGUCCUGGGCAGCCCGGCCUUAGCCUCCGAGCUGGAGGCCGUGGGUAUCAAUAGCGUGGGCGUGGGCCCCGAGCCGCUGCACGGCGAAGGCCCAGGCGACUGGCUGGCGGCGCCGCUCGAACCCGACGUGCGCGCGGUAGUGGUGGGCUUCGACCCAUACUUCAGCUACAUGAAGCUCACCAAGGCGGUGCGGUACCUGCAGCAGCCCGAAUGUCUGCUCGUGGGCACCAACAUGGACAACCGGCUCCCGCUGGAGAACGGCCGUUUCAUUGCGGGUACCGGCUGUCUGGUGCGAGCCGUGGAGAUGGCCGCCCAGCGCCAGGCGGACAUCAUCGGGAAGCCUAGCCGCUUCAUCUUCGACUGCGUGUCCCAGGAGUAUGGUAUCAACCCGGAGCGCACAGUCAUGGUGGGAGACCGCCUGGACACAGACAUCCUCCUGGGCGCCACCUGUAGCCUGAAGACUAUCCUGACCCUCACCGGAGUCUCCAGUCUUGAGGAUGUGAAGAGUAAUCGGGAAAGUGACUGCAUGCACAAGAAGAAAAUGGUCCCUCACUUCUAUGUUGACAGCAUAGCCGACCUCUUGCCUGCCCUUCAAGGUUAAAGAUCUAGUGUCUUUAAUCUGGAAUAAAAAAAGAAUGAAAAUCAGUUACCUAAAUUAAUAGGUGGGGCGUAGGAAUCGCUCAGUUAGCUGGCUGCAGGUUAACUGAGGUUAAGCAAAGGCAGUAGUUAAUCUUGUAAGUGAACGUUGGGGGGUGUUGUUUACAGAUGAUUAUAUUUUAAGAUGCACUUUUAAGCUGGGAAGGCAUUGUGGGGUGGGCCCUGGGCUUUGUAUAUGUUGGCAGGGGUGGGCAUAGCAUCUGCCCAGCAUUCAGGUAACCUCGGGCCCUGUUCUUGAUUCUAAAGUGGGUACGAGUUGUGUGUCAGGCUUUUUACUGAAAAAUGUAUUCAGGGAUCAGGCCCUUAGAUGGGCACAGAGCGGGGAAAGGAGGGACUUUUAAAAGACCAUUUGUGCAGACCAAAAACUUGGUCCCCCCCCCCCCCAGUGUUCUGCAGCAGAGGAGCCUGGUACUGUGCCCCAGUUCCUUGUCUGCAGGGAGGGGAUGAAGGAAGCGGCCCUCAACCUCCACUCACCCAAGCUUUCUAGAAAAGCACUUCGAUACCACAAUUGCCUGUUUGAGAUGCCCAGCGCUACUACAUGGCCCCUUCUGCACUGCUGCACAUUAACAGCAGCUCCGCUAAGCUUUGGCUGCCUGGGUAUCGGUGCUCCCUCUGCUAUCACUUCCACUCCUAGCUGCAGGGAGCACUCCUCCUAACUGACCGAAACUUAAGUACAGCCUUUUUGGUCCUGCUGGAGGUGGUGAUCCUACCCUGUACCGACAUCUGUUCUGAUUUUUUGCCCACCCUGAAGUUUAUACCCAGGCGUCUCACUGAGUGUGGUCGGCUGAGCAGCCAACUGGGUAUGGUUGCCUGCCCUGAAGUGCAUGCUGCUGUACAGGGAGCUCAGAACAGUAUUUAUUUUUCAAGUUUCUUAAGCUAGUGAAUGACAUUGUCAAGUGUGGAAUUGGAUCUUAAGUGUGUGGAUGAAUCCCACUUAAGAACUCUCAUGCCCCGGUGAGCAGCAUAGCCAAUGUGCAAGCCAAGGAUUGCCUUGUUUCCAAGAGUGUCCUCUAGGUAGGAAAGAAGGAGGAGUCCUGAGAAUAGUUAAGUUUAACAGAGCAUCCAACCUCCCUUGCGUAGGUCACUUAGGGUUGUGGAUGGGUUAGAUGUCAGUGCUCCAUGAAGCCACCUAUUUCUGUCUAGUGGUGGUCCACCGGCCAGUUGGCUUCUCAGCAUCUUGGCCUUUCCCUCUGUUCUACAAGUCCCUGACCUUUAGCAGUCUGCUGAGCAGGCUGGGAAAUGUUCAUGGGGCACACCCAGGAAGCUGUUCCUUUUGGCUAAUUCCUUCCUGGCACCUUGCCCUGUACCAAGUGGCUACUCUCAUGAUCACAGCACUUCACCUAUUCACCAAGUUCCCAGAGCAAUAAAAGGUAUCCCAAGCCCAAACCUGCCCACAGGUCAGUGGUGGCUGGGAGUUUAAUGGUGCCAUAGUUCAGCCAGAAGGCAGCAGUGCGUUGGUGGUGCUGAUCCUCCGGGUCUGAAUGAGCAGACCCACACAGUAGCACUUGGCAGGUAAGCCGUCAGGGGUGCCCCCCUCUUGAACUGGGCAGUAGAACCCGUAUGUUACAUUUCUAGCUUGUUUCACUGUGUGAACUCAAAUGCACAUUAAACUCUCAAACCCAGACUAA